AUGGAAAUGGGAAACGGGGAAAAGGCAGUGAAGGUGGCGGUGGCGCUGGCGCGCAAAAAUCUCCAUGGCGAUGCACUGCGAAUGCCGCUCAAGUUUGAGGCCACGCCCAUGCCGCUUUCUCUACGCCCCUUCGGUGGUCUUUUCAAUCCCUUCGCUAAAGGCUGCUCAGUGCUGUGCAAUCAUCCGGCUCCAUCGGGUGUCAAGGAUGUGAUCAAUCAGCUGAAAACAUCGCUGGCCAUCGAGGGGAAGAAUCCGCAGCAUGGAAAGCUGGAAAAACCAGCUGCGGAGGAGGACCAACUGCAGCCACAUGAGGCGGAUAACAUACCGGAGGAUCUGUUCCGGCGAUAUGCUGAAACGGACUCACGUCCCAUGACGCCAACGCCCACGGUGACCAGCAUUCAUACCAGGACCAGUGCCGGUUCCUUCUAUCGCCGCUGCAUAACGCCAGAAUGGGGCAAACACGAGAAUAUCAAGAGGAAAAAGAUCAUAUUGGAUCUAAGGAGAUCUCACUCACAGGAAACGCUGUACUGGAAGCCUAGCUCGGAGUUGACCCAGAGCGGUCUAGAGGAAGACAAGAAGCCCAAGAGUGCAGGCGCCAACGAGGACAAGAAACCCAAAAGGCAAUCGUCCAAUGAGCAGAGACCCAAGUCAUCCUUGGCCACGGCUAAUCUGCCGACAGGAGCAGAAGCUGCUGGAGAUCUGGAGCCCAAGCCGAAGACCUGCAUCAAUGAGCAUGAACUGAGUGACGAGGAUGUGCGGCGGGGCAAGAAACGCAAGAAGUUGAAGCCAGCUCAGGCUACUACCACCUUCCAUUUGAGUGAAGAUCCAGAGACACAGGUGGCUGCUCUGGGACCCGACUCCCUCAAUCCUAGCACCAGACCGAGCCUGAUACCCAACUCUUUGACCUUACUGCCCAAGGAUAAGCGGGAAAGUGAAAGGGAACCGAUUCUCCUAAAGGGCAGUUUCCUCACCGAUGAUGCCUUUCAGGCACUAAAAACAGAUCUGGAUGUGGAUCUAAUAGAAAACACUUUUGGGAGAUAUCUAAAUCGUGCUCUGAGGGAAGCUAUUAAGUACCUGCCGCCGAAACCCAAGAUCAUGCCAAAGGCCGAAGAAAAGGUUCCCCCAGAAACCACCUCGAAAAUGCCGCGGAAGUUUUCCAAAUCAGCCACUAGAUUUGAUGUUCCCAUGGAUCUGUCUAUGCUUAAAACUAUGACUCCUUGGGACUACCUGAGCAAGUACGUCUGGGUUUCCCAGCAGCGGAAGCAGCUCUAUAAGCGAGUUUUCCUCAAAUAUCUGAGUCGAAUCGAAGAGCCGGAGAGUGAAUUAGCAGCCAUUGGCAAUGAGGAACUACCAGAAUAUAAAUACAAGGAACGAACCCUGGUCUGGCAGAGUCUGCCACAGGCUCUGGAGGAUGUCCUCGAGUUCCAUGGCACCGAGAAAAAUGUCCGUGGAACCCUAAAUAUGUUGGGCUACGAUGCCCUUAAAUCAGGAGACAUAGACUUUAGGGCCUGGUGUGGAAUAGUUUCGUUUGCCGAAAGACUGGCAUUGGCCGAUGAGUCCGGAUCGGAUGAUUCUUGCGAUGAACUGGAAAAGGCAGACUUUAAUAGCAUGGAGCAGAUAAUGCCGGAUUAUGUGGUGCCUGAGAAUCUCAAGGAUAUUUUUGAUAUCAUACGCAAAACGCAUAAAAUUAAAUAUUGA